AAGCAUUGAGGAUUUUCCCGAGAGAACGGGGAAAUAAAUCGGAAUUGGGAGCACUUUUCUUCCCGAUCCGCAAGGGGCGCGGUACAGUCCGGAAGUCGUUUUGGAGGGCAAACAGACGAGGAAGCCAGAAUGCGGAAAUGAAGGAAUCCGCAGUUUUAAAAACAAAUAAUUACUUUAAAGUUGACGUGCCAUGAUGUCAUAAAGAGUUUCGACAUCAAAGUUCGACUUUGAAGCAGGGUAUGGAACAUUCUUCAUGCUGCGAGCCUGCUGAGAACACAAGUUACGCCGAAUAUGAAUCAAAACACUUUGAAUCAUACACUGAAUCCUUCCUAAUAAAGUGUAAUAGCUCCUUUGUCUACUGCCUGGAGUGGAAAAGCAUCAUGAAAAGAAGGAACUCUUCCAAGGCGAAGAAGCCGUUGAUAAAGAUGCCGGACAUAAGCGACAGCCCACAUGAGGAGUUUGUCAUCCGGCGUAAGAAACGGCAGAAGAAGGAUGCUGAUGUCAGCAGCCAAGAAGACAUCAUCGACAUGAUCCAAAGGAAAUACGGCGAUUUAGACUCGGCCGAAGAAGGAUGUUCCAGAUAUGUCGCUGCUCCCAAGAAGCGAACAUCAGCAGGGCUUUGCUCCGCCUGUCGAAAGCUCCACCAGAGGGCCAAGAGGUUGAAGAAACCCAUGAAAGAUAAACUGUUGGACAAUGAUCCCACUUCCUUGACGUGUGAUCAGUGGGUCCUGCUCAAAGACUGGCACCCCACUAGGCUGCCUCAGUCCAGAAGGAAGCUUUCUUCCAGCCUGCGGAAGAUCCGGCGUAGGAAAAAGGAGCAGGAUGAAGCUGAAAACGUCUGCUCGAGGCCACGUGUUUUCCUUCAGAGGAACCUCAGGCGGCCUCGCCAAACGCCAGCGACAAAGAUAAAGCAGAGGAAGAGACGACGAGCGCCGUCUCAGGGCCCCAGUACGGCGAAGAAGUCGCGUUACCACGGCGACAUCCCCCCUCGGGGCAGCAGCAGCAGCAGCAACGACAGUUUUCACAGCGGCGAACACCCGCUGGAAGACUUCACCACCGCGGUGGCCAAAACGUCGCCCCCGUCGGUGGGAACGGAGACGUCCGUGCACAGCGGCGUGCCGCGCAGGCAGUCGGCGGAGAGGGGGUUCCGAGACCUGCUGGCCCAGUUACGUGGCAACAGCAGCAGGAUUGUCCAAGAAAGCCAUUAGAGCAGCUUUUAUUUUGGAAUACGUUCCUCGUAGCAACAGCAUGGGAAGUUGUUUUAAACUGUGUUUAGUUACCUCUUCUGUAUACUUAUUUAUUUUGUAUUGACAGUAGAGUUCAAAGGUCAAUCGGUUGGUUUUUCUAAAUAAAUGAACUGGUGUUUAGUUUUUGCCGGACCCCUUUUUGUUUUGGACAAGUUGCGGGUUUCACUCUUGUUGAUGGCGGGGAAAAGAAGCCUUUGUUCUCAGAAAAAUACCUUUUGGAAAAAUGAACGAAUGAAUUGGUUUGAAUUGUUCUUAAAACUUUGUGUUUGCUGUGUUUUCUUGGUCAAAUAAAUGAAAUAA